CUGCAUCUAAGUGCUGUUGGCAGCUUUGAGGAGGAAUAGCGUGCCUGAGUGCAGGGUUUUGAAGGGAGCUUACGGCAGUUCAGCAGAUGAUCUUUCUAAUUGAAGGAAUUCAUUAUACUUCUUAGUAGCUUUGUGCGCUGUAUCCUUGGAUGCACUGCGGAACCUGGUGAAAGGCGGAAGGCUUCUCCACAGGAAAACCUGCUGCCUUCUUUCUGCCACACAGUAUAGGUUUCAGUAAGAAUAUGGGAUAUCCCCCUGUGCAGUGGCAGAAAUUCAUCUUUUCCGUGAUAUGUUGCUGUAUGCAAGUCCUGCCUGCAUGUCUGGAUAGGUGCUGGAGGACAGAUCCCAGACCACUAUGAUGAGAAAUAAAUAUUUGGAUAGAGAUCCUUGAGUCGAUCACCCUUGAGAAAUACAAACAGUAGGAAAUGAACCCAGAUUGUGUCAACAGAGCAAUAAUUAAUGCCUUUGUAAAACAUAGCUGCAUUUCUAGAAAUCAAAAAUAAAAUUAAGGGGCAGUUGCUGUUAUUUUGAAUUUAUUUUUUUGUCAAUAUCGCCUGAAUCUUUCAAAUAGGGUAUUAAGUAUAAAGAACCUCAGCAGCUGCCUGUUUACUGUAGUUUAGUUGCUUUGUUUGAUCCCUCCAUUUUCUAAUCACAGGAAGCUGUGAGUGGCUGAAGAAGUGCUGGGGGCUGUCAAGCAAAUGCGCUGUGUAUCCAAACUAAGGAUGCUGCUGCUUUCUUUUCUAGCUUUUGAGUCUGUCUUCUGAUUCCAGCAAUUACCUGCUCGUAAAACUUCCUUACAAGUUCCAAUUCUGGAAUAAUUGCUUUCUUCAGAGGGCUGUGGCUGUUCCUUGCCCUUGACUCACAGCACGUUCCUCUCCUCAUGACCUGCUGUAAAGUCUACCUGUGGACCUCCUAUUACUAAAAUGGAAAACAUCAGUCAUUUGAGUGAACUGAGAGUGUUAAACCUUGCCAGAAACCUGCUAACCAUUGUGGAAAACCUUAAUGGACUGGAUUCACUCACAGAGCUCAACCUUCGUCAUAAUAAAGUCUCUGCUAUAAAAGAUGUGGAUACUUUGCCCCGUCUCCAGCGUCUCUUCCUCAGCUUCAACAAUAUAUCUAGUUUUGAGGAUAUUCUGUGCCUUGCUGAUUCCUCAUCUUUGUCAGAUAUCACCCUUGAUGGCAAUCCAAUAGCUCAGGAGACAUGGUACAAACACACUGUUCUCCAUCAUAUGAUGCAGCUCCGACAGCUAGAUAUGAAGAGAAUCACAGAAGAAGAGAGACGUAUGGCAUCUGUUGCAGCAAGGAAAGAGGAAGAAAGGAAGCGUGAAAGCCAUAAACAGACCUUGCUAAAGGAAAAGAAACGGUUAACAAUUUGUAAUAUUGCUCGUCAAUGGGAGGUACAGCAGAAUCGAAUAGCUCUUGUGGCUUCUUUAAACCAAGAUAAAGAUAACGAGCCCUGUCAGAUCAAUGGCAGUGCUGCAUAUGUAUUUCCUGAAGAAAGCAGGUCUCUGGAUACAAUAUUGAGCAGUGCAGUACAAGGCUUGUCUGUUCUUGAGUCUCAUUUAGUGGAAGUGGAAGGAGACACCCUUUGCUUGUAUGGUGCUGGAGCACUAGAGUGCCUGGAUCGAAACUGGAGUGUUCAAACAGCUGGAAUUAUUGUCACAGUCCAAUUUAUGUUCAUAGAGUUUGAUGAAAUAGUUCAAGUGUUAACAAAACUGAAGACAAAAUUUCCUAAUUCUGUGCACCUGAAGUUUAAGGAGACAAAUCUUGUGACACUGCAGCAAUUCAAUGCAUUAGCUCAGCUGCAUCACAUUGAACAGUUGACAGUUGAUCCUCAGGGAAAUCCAGUUGUCAACUUUACUCUGUGGAAAUACUAUGUUCUGUUUAGACUGAACCAUUUUAAUUUACAGAAGAUAAAUGGAAUAAAGGUUACUGAAAAUGAUAUUGUCAUGGCAGAGAGGCUCUUUGGCAUUCUGGCGUACGUGGCAUCUUCUGAGCUGCCACAUUAUCGCAUGCUUUCAUUAUUUGGAGAAUCUAGGAGGAAGCAAUUCCAGUAUCUGCUGGAAGGAAAGGGAAAGAAAUCUGGGAUUGGGAGUGAGGAAAGUAGUGAUAACAGAAGAAACGGAGGGGAAAGCACAACUCGAGCAACACUGAAUUACAUGACAAAGGACUUUCAUAUGGAAAAGCUUGAAGAAAUCAAGGAAAGAAAAACAUUUUGCCAGACAUACGUUGAGAACUUAGUGAAAGAAGCAGCUGACAUCAACAUGAAAAAUGAGUCGUUGCAGAAGCUCUGGCCUCAAAUGUUCAUUGAGCUUGUUAGAGAUGCAGUGAUAGAAAUACGCAAUAAAAAUUCCUACAUGAAACUCUGCUUGCAGCGGAUCACUGAUCAAAAACAGUAGUCAAGGCUUGUUGUCUUGCAAGGUUUUGGUUUCAAUAUUCUGUGAUGUUUUACAAACUUAAAACAAUAGAAUAUAAAAUUACCAUCACUAUGGCAUACUUCACAUGCACACACCCCCAAAGGGAUGCCUUUAAAUCUUAAUUAACUCUUCUAGUUUUGAAAUAAAAGUUUACUUGCAUACUGCUUUAACAGCGCUUCCUUGGCUGAAGUGAUGAGGUAGCAUAGAAGUAGCUUGGUGAUUAUCGUGUUUUACUAAAUUCUGCUUUGUUUUUAUCUGCUACCCUUUCUUCUGUAGUGCUACAGCAUUGAUUUUUUUUAAAGGACAAAUUUACACUCUGCUUGCCUUAUUUUUUAUUGAACACUUUUCAAUUGUCACCUUUUUGACUGUUUGCUGCUGUUUGAAAAAAAAUAAUAGUAGCCGGGGUUUUUUUUAACGAGCAAAAGCUAAUAAAUUAUUUUUACAUCCUGAACUGGAUGAAGACUUUAUUGUUGUUGUUUAAUUUGUGAGAUCAUAGAACACUCUUUCACAGCAAUGCCAUCACAGUGCUCAUGAUUCAAUGUAUAAUGAGCCUAAUUCUGAGCUGAACAAAUUGCCUGAACUUGAUUUCAAGUGUUUUUCAUUAAAUUCACUUAUAUUAGUCUGUAUGAAUUAUAAACAGGUAAAAUAUGAAUUUGAGGUGUACUCAAUUAAGCUUUAUUUUUUUUCUGUUAAAAUGUGUUUAUAUAAUUUCUUUUGUUUCUUGAUUACUAAAUGAUUAAUUUUUGAGGUUUGCCAAAGUCAAAUGAGCUAAAAAUGCAUGCAUUACAUUUGGUAAGGAAACUGAUGACUAUUAUUCAGUUGUAAUUAAUUCUGUGACUGUGAAAAUUUCAUAUUUGUCAAUAAAAACAAAUUCUUCACUUUUGCCCUUCACAGAUAACAUAAAGCACUGUGUACAAAGAAAAGACUUCUUAAUGCUGCAUGAAGAUGAGGCACAACUUGCCCCCAAACUGAUCAGCUGUGAAUAAUGGGUAUUAAAACCACAUUCCAUAGUACAG